GAAUUGAGAGAGAGUAAGAAGAGAAUACACGGGCGCGACUCCUCAAUUCCCCAACAGACUUUUCGUGCGUUCUUCAGUUCUCAACGAACCGCCGACCAAAAUCGACAUUUACCAUUUGUGUCUGCAAGAAGUAAACUUUAUCAUCCACAAAAAAUUUCCUUCGCAAUUUAUCUGUGAUUAGUACAAUUUUAGGAAUAUCGGUUUUUUUCUUUCCCAUGGACUCUAAUUUUCGCACGUAUUGAUGGAAAAAAAUUGAAGAUUGUGACUAAAUCAAAAUAAAAAGUAAAAAGUGUAGAACAUAACACGGUUUUUUUGGUGUGUGCAGUAAAGUUCUUGUGUGUCUAAAAUUUCAAUUGAAUUUAAUUUGUCUCUGAAUGUAUAUUGACAUUCGGAGGCAAAAUCAGUGAAAUUGAUUGUAAUUUGGAAUUGAUGAGAGGGAACGUCAAUUCAACUGAAAUCCAUUGGGAGCAUUUAAAUUGCUGACAAUGUUACGUGGUAUUCUAUGAGACACAAAAAAGAGGCCCCACUGGAAGACGGAAGAUAUUGAAAACAAUUCAAUGAUAAUUCGUAUGUGAAAUACAACCUGUGUAUCUGUUCUAUCUGUUGAAAUUUAUUUGUGAAAAUUAGCAUCUGAAAAAACAUUGAAAGAACCGUCGGUUGGAUGAAAAAAGAAUUUCAUGGAAAUACGUUGAGUAUCUUUGAAAAGGUACUCUUGUUUCUUUCUCAAAUUUCACCAUCGAAAAGACAAACAAAACUCCCACAAAAUAUAAUAAAUAUUGUGAAAAAAAUAUCAAUAGAGUGAUGAGAAAAAUAUUGGCCAAUUUACAUGAAUUUUCAAGUAUAUAAAAUUACUUAAGUAAAUUUUUUUGUGUCUUCCAAUCCACCAAGAAAAGAGAAUUGUUCCGAAGCUAAAAAGCUUGUGAAGCUCUUAGUCACGCUAUGAACUGAACAAAAUUAAAUUUUUCUAGACCAAAGUGAUAUAUUCCAUCAAGUUGGAAACACGGCAGAAUUUUCAAUUAGCAUCCUAACGAAGAAAUUUCAUGAAUCAAUUGACACCUCACGGGGUUACAAGAAUCAUUCAUGAAAACGAAUAGAUACCAGUAUCGCAUUGUGAAGAGAUGUUUCUUUAUAUUCGCCACAAUAUCCCUCCUUCCACUUGGGGUGGUCUACCUUGUAUCAUCAGAUCAAGUUUACAACAAACUAAAGUCAUACGAUUAUGACAAUGAAACACAAUAUCCGGCACUCAGUCUGGAUCAUGGACCGAAGGCUAUAUCAUCGAAUGAGAUGGAGAAACUCGAAGCAAGGAUGCAGAAGAGGGUGGAACGUGUUGCGGAGGUGUGCUCCCAAUAUGGAUUAGACAGACGAGGAAACGACUCACUGCAUCGACCAAAUUCAUGGGAGUUCCUCAUAAAUAAACAAUAUCGGCUUGUAUGGUGCAAUGUAUUUAAAGCCGCUUCAACAUCGUGGAUGUACAAUUUCAACUUAAUGGCAGGAUAUAAGCCGCAGUUUCUCAAAAAAUCCAAGGAAGUUCCACUUGUUCUUGCACGAAAAAAAUACCCACGCCCAUCAGAAACUGAGCUCCUGACAUCACUGAAUGACUCUGUAUCCUUUCUUAUUGUGCGCCAUCCCUUUGAGCGCCUCUUGAGUGCAUAUCGGGACAAGAUGCAGAAUGCCCUGCCAAAUUCAUUCCAUCACAAACUAGGGAAUACUAUUAUUCAGAAAUACAGGACGAAUAAACAUUCGCGUUUACCACGAUGGCCUACAUUCCCAGAAUUCGUGAACUACUUAAUUGAUCAAAUUCACAAUCACCGUGAAUUAGAUAUGCAUUGGACACCCAUCACGAACUUCUGUACCCCAUGUCAAGUGCGCUUCAACAUUAUUGCCAAGUUUGAAACGUUGGAGGAGGAUCAGAGAUAUAUCAUCGACAAGGCUAACAUUGGCCACAUCGUCUCACCACAGUGGAAAAAUUCCGGAAAGGGAAAGAAGAGUACGGUGGACAUGUUAGAGGAUUUCUACAACGAAUUGUCUGACAAGCAGGUGAAAGAAUUGUAUGAAUUCUUCAAGUACGACUUUGAACUUUUUGACUACAGCGUCAGAGAAUUCUACCGAAAUACCCCAAAGCUACCAUCAACUUCCACAACAUCAGCAAAACCUGUGACACCUCUGAAGCCACAUUCCUCCGAGUGAGCAUCCUCCCACAAACACUUUUUCCACCACUUAGCCAUCAGCCCCCCCGGGGGAAUGGCCUAAAUCAUCUCACUGUGAUGAAUGAGGAGACGACAAGGAAAGACAAUAGAGAAAUUGUCUGUGAAAGAAUUUAAUUGAUCUCAUCAGACGAAAAAUAAAAUCAAAGUUAAUUAGAAGAGGUUUUAGAAGAAUGAAAUUUAAAAAAAAAAAAUCUAGUGAAUACUUACUUAAAAUACCACAAAAGGCCUAGUCAACACACAAAAUACCAAUUUAAAGAAAAAGCAAAGAAAAGAGUAUUUUCCUUCGGAAGCAAUAGAAGAACGACAUUUUUCCUUCCUCAAAUUGUUUCACCUUCACCCAAAGUGCGGGAAAAUCAAGUCAAUUUUCUCGCUCCAACAUUGUUUCCAUAUUGUAAUUAUUUAUUAUUUAAUUGCUGACUAUAUUUCUUAUUACUCCUUUUAGUAACUAUUCUCUAUCACGAAUCUAUUUUAUUGUUUUGGUUCCCAAAUAGAAAUUUUCUUGAUGAAUGUUGUUUGAAUUUUUUUAUUUCAGAGGUCUGUCAUUUAGAAAGCUGAGUCCAAAGAUUUAUAUAAUUUUUAGAUGUAAAUAAAAAAUUUGUUAAAUUUA